CACAAAGAUCGUGGAUGCUUGUUUUACCUACACAAGCGUUCAAAUGAAAUCCACAUGUUACAGAUAGAUAGAGCUUAGAAAGCUUAAAAUUUUACCAGCAACGAGAGCAAAGCAAGCAUUAGGGGAGGAAAAUGGAUAAAAAUGGAUCAGAUAAAGAUGCAUUUGAAUAUCUGGAGAAUCAAGUGGCAUUUUUCUUGGGAGAAGCUUCAGCUUUGGACGCUCUAUCACCUUCAUUGCACCUUGUUGAUGUAAUUUUGAUCCUCUGAGCGUCCCUAUCGAUGGAAGCUGGCCGAACGCCUUCACUUGAGAAACAUGCUGUGUCUUUCUUCUCCAUUUCAGAGUUACUUUGGAGAUGUUGUCCAAUGCUGAUCCCCUGCUGUCUGGGGAAAUGAUUCUGUUUUACAGCAUGAAGAGUGAUAAAAAGACUUUUGUUGCCCCAGCCAUAGUUUUUACUCCUUUGAAGCCUGUCACAUCUGCACAUGGUAGUUCUGGUGGUCAUCCAACUACAUUACAACCAUUACUGCAUACAUGGACACGGCCUGUUGUUUUGUUGUCUCCGGCCACACCCUGGGCUGCUCAACCACCUAUUCCAUCAGCUUCAGAGAUUUCAUCCAUGCAGAAUAAUUGCCAAAAGGCGAAGGUGAUGGACAUGGCAAGUACUGAUUCUAUGCAAGUAGGGGAUGGCAGUAACGUGAGAUGGGUACCAAGGAUUGAUAUGUUGUUUGACAGUGAGAAUGAUGCAUAUGAGUUUUAUAAUGCAUAUGCAGAGAACGUGGGUUUUAUAGUCAGGAGAUCAACAUUGUGGACAUCAAAAAAUAUCAUCACUAGGAGGACGUUUGUGUGCUCAAGGGAAGGCUUUCGAGAAAAGAAAAAAGGUGCAAAAGAGGCUAAGUGUCCAAGACCUGAAACAAGAAUUGGUUGCCCAGCAUGCAUGACCAUCAGGCUCACACCUAGUGGAAAGUACCGCGUGACUGAAUUUGCACCGAACCACAACCAUCAGAUAGCAACUGUGUCUACAAUCCAUACAUUGAGGGCAAAAAAACUCAGGCGUAAGGCUCGAGUUGCUAGAGCAGAUCUGACAGAUGAUACUGUGACAACACCAGAGUUUGAAACUGAGGAUGAUGCCUAUGAAUUCUACAACAUGUAUGCUGGUAGGUUAGGAUUCAGUGUUCGAAGAGCAAGUGUGACUGUCAAUGCAGAAAAUGCGAUAACAAGAAGGAUGUUUGUUUGUUCACGAGAAGGCUUUCGUGAGCAGAAAAAAGGAGCAAAGAGGGUAAAGAAGCCCCGUCCCGAAUUCAGAACAGGUUGUCCUGCCUGUAUGGUCAUUCGAAUAACGCCUAGUGGCAAGUAUCAAGUAACGGAAUUUGUUACAUAUCAUAACCAUCAGCUAGAAGCUUCUCUUUCUACUGAGAACUUGAUAUCUCAGACUGCAGAUAAUGGUUUAGAUCGUGCUGCAGAAAUGGCUGAUGAAUCUGCAGAGAAUGCAGACAAUAAGCAAGUACAAUCUCGUCAACAUUGCACCUUGCUUUCUGCUGAUAAGAAAAACCAUCUACAAACCAAGCGUAUUAAGGCUAUUCAGGUUGGUGAUGCUGGGGCCACAUUGGAGUAUUUACAAAAGAUGCAGGAAGAUAACCCAUCAUUCUACUACGCCAUAAAAGUUGACAAAGAUGAUGAUUUAUCAAACUUCUUUUGGGCGGAUGCAAAAUCUAUGAUGGAUUUUUGUUACUUUGGUGAUGUUGUAUUCUUUGAUACUACCUACAAAAUACUUGGUUAUGGUAGGCCAUUUGUGUUAUUUACUGGUGUAAAUCAUCAUCACCAAACUAUCAUAUUUGGUGCUGCGCUACUGUAUGAUGAAAACACAGAUUCGGUGAAGUGGUUGUUUGAGAGUUUCAAGGCAGCAAUGAGUGGGAAACAGCCUAAAACAAUUUUAACAGAACGUUCAGCAGUUAUAAGCGAAGCAAUAGCUGCAGUUUGGCCAGGUACAAUACAUCGAUUCUGCAUUUGGCAUAUAUAUCAAAAUGCUGUCAUGCAACUAAGUCAAGCAUUCCAUGGAUCAAAAACUUUUGGAUAUGAUUUUAGCCGAUGCCUGUUUGACUUUGAAGAUGAAGAAGAUUUCUUGAGAGAAUGGGAGGCUAUGUGCAGAAAGUAUGAACUUAAAGAAAAUGAAUGGUUGGGUCAGUUAUUUGAGGAAAGGGAAAAAUGGUCGCUUGUAUAUGGACGGGAAGCAUUUUAUGCAGAUAUGAAAAGUGCCCAACAGAAAGAGAGUAUUGGUACCGAAUUGAAGAAAUAUUUGACCGCUGAGACUGACCUUCUGUCCUUUUUUGAAAAUUAUGAGAAAAUAUUAUCUGAGAAAAGGUCUGCAGAGCUACAAGCUGAUUUUAGUGCUAGUUUGAAUACAAAGAAGUCACCUUCUAUGCGCAUGCUGAAGCAGGCUGCAAAUGCUUACACUCCAGCUGCCUACAGAAUGUUUGAAAGGGAGUUUGAAUCAUACAUGGAUUGUAUGUUAUAUAGUUUAGGCGAAGUUGGCACGAUAUCUCAAUACAACGUUAUAGUCGAUGAGAAACCUAAAGAACAUUUGGUGAAAUUUGAUUCUGUAGAUGGUUCUGCCACAUGCAGUUGCAAAAAAUUUGAAUUUCUUGGGAUACAAUGUUGCCAUGUGUUGAAAGUACUAGAUACAAGAAAUAUUAAAGAGAUCCCAUCACAGUACAUCUUGAAAAGAUGGAGAAAGGAUGCUAAGAACAGUGAGUUAAGUCAAAACCUAGCGCUCUCUUUUGGUGAUCCUCAGUCAUCAGUAACAAAUCGCUGUAACAUUUUAUGCCGCAUUUUUGGUCUAGCUGCAGCACAUGCGGCUAAAUCUUUAGAUUCAUAUGCAUUUCUCGAAGGCCAAGCAGAACUACUCAAUAAUCAGAUUGAACAAUUUUUACAGACGAGAUCUGUAGAAACAACUUCUGUAAUAUCUGCUCCAUCUGAUCGACUACAAAAUCCAGUUGAAAGUGGAGUACCUGAAAGCCUGCAGUAUGAUAAAACAAAUCAAGCAAUAUUUGUAGACAGCACAUCACACGGAUUUCUAGGUUCCAGACAGUCUCACCCAACCAUGUGCUGGGGGCAAUUCUCAUCCGGGCCACCAGAAUUGUGACGAUACGAUCCCAUGGUGUAUUUUACUAAUCUUGUACACUUAUGUAGGGCAGGAUUUUUAUCAUGUUUAUUUAGUUUAUGCUUAAACAUGUUUGUCUGCCAAGAUUUGGUAAUCAAUUUAGCUCAUUUUACAAGCAACAAGAAUUUGUCUAAAUGGAUAUUUAUUGUAUCUGAAAAAUUCGUUUACUGAUGAUUAGAAUGGCGAACAGAUGGUUUUGGGGGGUCAAAUUCAGACUUGGCUCCUUCAUUGGUUCA